CUCUAUAUUCUUGUAUUCUAUGUUUAAACGUGGGGGGUAUAUUCGUGAAACCUAACCUUUUCCUUUCACGGCAUUUUAGCGAACGUUGUUAAACAGAACUAAAAAUGUCCAUCCGACCGGUCUAUCGGCCCAAGAUUGUGAAGAAGAGGACGAAGAAGUUCAUCAGGCAUCAAAGUGAUAGAUAUGACAAACUCAAGCGCAACUGGCGUAAACCAAAAGGUAUUGACAACAGAGUACGUAGGCGUUUCAAGGGUCAGUACUUGAUGCCCAGCAUUGGUUAUGGUAGCAAUAAGAAGACACGUCAUAUGCUACCAACAGGCUUCCGCAAGGUCCUUGUACAUAACGUAAAGGAGCUUGAAGUCUUAAUGAUGCAAAAUCGCAAGUUCUGUGCAGAAAUUGCACAUGCUGUUAGCAGCAAGAAAAGGAAAGCCAUCGUCGAGCGUGCUCAACAACUUUCGAUACGCGUAACAAAUGCUAGCGCACGUUUGCGUUCGGAGGAGAACGAGUAAGCAUAACUUUUACGUGUAUUUUGGCAAUAAAAUAUUAAAAACAUA